CUUCAGCUGUGCAAAUUAUUAUAAGUAGAAGCGAUUCACCUUCGCCGUGCUUCGUGCAUGUUUGAGGCUUCCGAAAACGACCAACCCUUCCGUAACCUAACCCCCUUGCCGCCAACAAUGGCAUCCGCCGAGAAGAUGGGCGUCGACAACUCCACAGCUCCCACCCACGUCGAGCAUGACAAGGUCAACAUUUCACGACCUGGUACAGCACGGCAAAUGUCGAUGGCUUCUCGCCGACUCAGCGAGGCGCAGGCGAUGAGGCUCGCGGAUGAGUCCUCGAUCGUCGAUGAGGAAAUCGCAGAGUUCGAAGCCGCCCUGGCAGAAACGCCCAUCAAGAGUUCCUUCCUCAACCCGCAAAUCUCCUUCAACGACCCUCGCCACUUCACCUGGCUUAUCGUCGGUUUCGCCUCGAUGGGCGGCAUGCUCUCCGGUCUCGACCAGAGUGUCAUCUCAGGUGCUCUGCUCUACAUGCCCGAUGACCUGGGUCUCAGCACUUCGCAGGUCAGCCUGACCAGUUCAGCCGUGCCGCUCGGUGCGAUUGGCGGUGCUCUGCUCCUGGGUCCUACCAACGAACUCGUCGGCCGCAAGAUGGCGAUCAUCAUAUCACUCAUCCUGUACACCAUUGGCGGUGCUCUCGAGGCUGGCGCCAUCAACUUCGGCAUGAUCGUUGCGGCAAGAGUCAUUCUGGGUAUGGGCCUUGGUCUCGAGGGCGGCACCGUUCCUGUUUACGUCGCCGAGUCCGUGGAGAAGAAAUACCGGGGUAACUUGGUCAGCCUGUACCAGUUCAUGAUCGCCUUCGGAGAGGUCAUCGGCUACGUCGUCGCCGCCAUCUUCGUCAAUGUCCACUCCGGCUCAUGGCGGUAUAUGCUCGGCUCGUCAUUGGUCUUCAGUACCAUCAUGCUGGUUGGCAUGGUUUUCAUGCCCGAGUCGCCCAGAAUGCUUAUGCAUAAGGGCAAGACUCUCGAGGCCUUCGCCGUCUGGAAACGCAUUCGGGGACUUGACAAGCCGGAAGACCGGAAGGAGUUCUUCAUCAUGCAUCACGCCCUCGAUUCCGAGGUACAGGAAGGCGUUACCAAGCGCAAAAAGUUCGUCUGGCUGGACUUUUUCACCAACCCACGCGCCAGGAGGGCUAUUGUUUACGCAAAUAUCAUGAUCGCUCUCGGACAAUUGACUGGAAUAAAUGCAAUUAUGUAUUACCUUGGGACUCUUAUGAACCAGAUUGGCUUCGACCGGAAGCAAUCCGUCUUCAUGUCGCUCGUCGGUGGCGGUUCUUUGCUUCUGGGGACCAUUCCGGGUGUUUUGUUCAUGGAAAAGUUCGGCCGACGGUUCUGGGCCAACAUGAUGCUUCCAUGCUUCUUCAUUGGCCUCAUCUUCGUCGGAGUCUCAUACCAGCUGACCUCCCUAGCCGGUACUCAAGGCCUAUACCUCACUGGCAUUAUUUUGUACAACGGAUUUUUCGGUUCAUACGCCUGCCUCACCUGGGUCCUUCCCAGCGAGGUCUUCCCGACAUAUUUGCGGUCUUAUGGCAUGGAGUCCACUGAUGUCAACUUGUUCUUCUGCAGCUGGCUGGUCACGUACUUCUUCGCCGACAUGCAGCGAGCCAUGACCAAGACUGGCCUGACGCUCGGAUUUUACGGAGGCAUAGCCGUCCUGGGCUGGGUCUAUCAAAUUCUGUUCAUGCCCGAGACCAAGAACAAGACUCUCGAAGAGAUUGAUCUCAUCUUCAGCCAGCCAACGAGCCAACUCGUCAACCAGAACUUGCGGAACACGACUCGGACGCUUAGUGAUUUGGCACAUUUGAGAUUCGGGAAGGUGUUCUCGCCAGUGGAGGAAACUCACGAGGGUGACGAGCAGAUCAGAAAGGCUGAAAUCUGAUCUUGCUCUGGAUAGUAAUCCGGUGACAAGCGGGCAUCAAGUCUACUGUGGUCACGGGGGUAUACCUUAUCCUUCGUCGGUUCCCGUCUCACCAAGGCGGACGACCUCACGCCCAGUUGUAUAGUCAAAAAAGGCUUAUACUUGUGAUUGAACAGAUUGAAUAUAAUGACAAGAGUAUCUUGCUAUCUCAAUCCGUCACUCCCCCUGCAGCCACCGCCUGCGGAAGAGGGACCUGAGGAGCCACUUCUCCGACGACCUUUUCG